AUGUACCUUACACCUCCCUCGACAUCAAACUCCCCAGCAUCGCAUCAUCGCCAGUUCCUUGAGCUUGGUUCCUCGAGUUCUGACACUUCACGACUCUCAGAGGGACCGGCGCCUGGCUAUCACUCCCCACUCCAACCAGUCGUUUCAACAAACGAGUUGGAAUCAUCUCCCGAUUCAGCUUCACCUUGCUUCAACCCUCGCUGGCUCUCUGGCCCAAACACUCAGCUUCUAUCACCGCCUCCCAUGGACCACAGUAGUACCGCUUGGGUCACCCCGGACGGCCUUGUGGCGGCAACUUCGUCGACGCCAUCUAGUUCGGUGGAAUCUGAUGCUCUGGGUUCCGAGUUUAACACCUUUGCGGCCUACGAAACCUGCCUUCCCACUCCGUAUCAAACCCACGAAGCCUACAUGCCGACAACACGAAAUCCCGCAGUUCACCACCCUCUCCCACCCUCGAGUAGUCACUCUGACCGAGGACCAGCGAUAGCUUCUAGGCCUUCAUUCGGAUACUUGCAGGAUCCAUCUAACCCCAGAUUCAGGAUGGAAGGCUCCGUUAGUAGCUAUUGCCAAGGCUUUGAAUCACCGUCCUACUCAGCCCCCGGACCAGCUAGUGCGGCCUAUCAUACAGACGGAACACCUUUCGCCCCGAACCUCCAGUCGGACUUGAGUGCAGGGGCUGCAACAAGCUGGCCAAAGCAGGACUACGACGUGUCUCAGUUUUACCAGAGCGCACAAGCCCAAAUACCCGAUCUUGGCCAGGACAGGCGCAUGUUGAAAACCAACAAGGUGAAGAGACCUACACGGAAACAUACCUCAAAGGAGGAAGCAAACUUUCAGUGCGAGGUCAAGGGUUGUGGAAAGUUCUUCAGUCGCAGCUACAACUACAAGUCACAUCUGGAAACUCACGACGAGAAACGGGAGUAUCCGUUUCCAUGCACCGUUGAUGGGUGUACAAAGAAGUUUGUGCGGAAAACCGAUCUACAACGACACCACCAAAGUGUUCACAUGAAGGAGCGUAACCACAAGUGCGACUACUGCGGGCGUCUUUUUGCUCGAAAGGAUACACUUAGGCGGCAUAUGGAAGACGGUUGCUCAAAACGAUUCGACAUCGGUACCCUCAACCUCCAAAACCCAGGUUUCACAGGACUGGGUCUAGUAAACCAACCAGGACCAUCUGAUUCGAGUAAUCGUCGUGUCGUGUAG